AUGCUGCAUGUAAAUAACUCUCACCUUCAAGAUGUACCUUCCGAACAAUCACAAGAAAACGAAACUGGAUUGAGCGAGUCUAGAAAUGCGUCCGGAGAUCACCAUCCUCGCCGUAAAGAAAUAGCUUCAAGGCUUCGACCCAUUAUAUAUUUGAUGAAAUUAACCGGAGAGUGCUCUCAGGAUGUUUUGGUGCUAAACGAGAUACCCGCAACUGGUUCGCGCCUCUUUUCUCGUCUGUACCGCGGAAUUGUAACUCUUGGUCAGUGGGGUGUCGUGGUGCAGUGCAUUACAACUGUUUUCUUUGAAGGUUUUGCAGAUUUGAAGAGAUUUUAUUUUCUGUUGAUCUUCUCCAUCUGGGCUCUACAAUGUGCAGUAGUUGCAACAAUAUGUCUAUAUGUUUUCCCAAACAGGCAAACAGAGUCAUCCCGUUUUUCGCAAUUCUUAAGCAGCUUGUGCAGUGCAGAAAGUAAUGAAAGAAGGUCAAAGAAAUGUAAGGUGAACUUGAUAUUGGCUUUCGUCACUUUCUUUGCUAUUUUCAACACCCUCUUCGUUAUUUCUUUAGACCUCAUGUAUGGCUCGAUAAUCUCUUUUCGUCCUUGGAACGGAUUUCUGGUUUAUCGCUUGAACUUCUUUGCGUUUAUCUUCUGCAGUUGCUUUUCAUGGGCACUGCCAUUUUCGUUGUUUUACGUAUCUUGCGAUCUGCUGCUUGGAAUUUUUGAGGAUUUGGAGACCAAAGUAAAAGCAGGCGAUCCUGAUGCCUCCGAUAUCAGAUGGAUUCGGCAGGAACAUCGAAAACUUUGUGUGCGGGUUGAUCUCGCAAAUAAAGUUUUUUCUCAUCUUCUUUUGGCGGCAGUGGGCUUAGAUGUUCCUUUGAUGUGUUUCAACUCUCACCAGCUGGUGAAAUCGAACGCAUCUACGAGUUCAGACUUUACGUAUCUUGUCUCACUUUUGUACUGGUCUGUUUGUGUGGUUGUUAAGUUAGCUUUUAUCCUUUUGGCAGGAGUUAGAGUCAACGAAAAGAUUCACAGCUUUUAUGACAUCUUACAAAGUUUCACUGUUCCUGACAACAAGCGUCACUUAGAGCUUUUACAUUUCAUGAUGCAUCUUCGGGGAGAGCCCAUUGGAUUGUCCAUUGGUGGAUUGGUGGUGAUCGACAAGUCCCUGGUUAUCUCGCUCGUAGGAAUAAUCAUCUCCUACUUCGCAGUAUUGAUAACAUUGCCAAGUUGA